AUUAGCUUUGCACAUCUGUUUAGCAGCCUUCGUUCUGCUGAUGUUGGCUUCAAAUUUCCAUAGUAACGGCCAAAGCAACUGCUUCAUUGACCAAUAAAAGACUGUGGUCAAGAAAAGACGACAGUAAAUCACGGGCUGAGUUGCAACAGGAAUUGGCUUGCAAGCACAAAAUGAGUGUGAAAUCAUUUUUAGAUAAACUAAGAAACUUUGAUGCUUAUCCAAAGCCACUUGAGGAUUUCAGAAUCAAAACAUGUGGUGGUGCCUCAGUGACUCUGAUCAGCGGCAUCAUCAUCCUGCUGCUGUUCAUCUCGGAGGUCCGCGACUUCAUGGCCGUGGAGCAGGACGAGGAGCUUCUGGUGGACACCACGCGCGGCGAGAAACUGAAAAUCAACGUGGACGUCAUCUUUCACAACAUAGGCUGCAACUAUGUUUCCAUCGAUGCAAUGGAUUCUUCAGGAGAAUCACAAGUUAAUGUCGAGCAUAACAUAUUCAAGCGUAAACUGGACCUCGAAGGAAAACCUAUCGAAGAUCCAGAGAAAGAACACAAGCUGGGCUCGGCGGCUACUCAGAAGGCCAACACCACCACUGACGUGGCCGUCGCCAAGAAGGACGAGUGUCUCAGCUGCUACGGCGCGGAGACCGACGAGCGCAAGUGCUGUAACACGUGUAUGGAGGUGCGCGACGCCUACAUGAAGAAGGGCUGGGCGAUGCCCAGCCCGAACAGCAUCGACCAGUGUAAGGGGCUGAAGCUGAACGACGCCGACCUGAAGGCCCUGCAGGAGGGCUGUCAGAUCUACGGCUACCUAGAGGUCAACAGGGUUGGGGGCAACUUUCACAUUUCACCCGGACGCAGCUACCAGCACGGACACAUUCACGUGCACGACAUGCAGCCGUUCUCGGCGCGCGAGUUCAACCUGACGCACACGAUCCGUCACCUGUCGUUUGGCCAGAACGUGCCGGGCAGGACCAACCCGCUGGACGGACUGCAAUCGGUCGCCGAGAAAGGCGGCACCAUGUACAAGUACUUUGUGAAGAUUGUGCCGACCAUGUGGCAGAGGCGAGACGAGUUCACGCUGUUCACCAACCAGUUCUCCGUCACCCGCUACCACCAGGCUCUGAACGAGUUUUCGGACGGCAGCUCCGCCCCCGGCGUGUUCUUCUCGUACGAGUUCGCACCGCUCAUGGUGAAAUACACCGAAAGAGUCAAGUCGGUGGGCCACUUCGCCACCAACCUGUGCGCCAUCGUGGGCGGCGUGUUCACCGUGGCUAGCCUGCUAGACGCCGCCAUCUUCCACUCAGUGCGUGCCAUACAAAAGAAAAUAGAACUAGGCAAGCAACGCUGACCGAGCCGUCACUAGUCGCUAAAUGCAGAGGAAUAGACCACUCUUUUGCGCAAGCUAAGUGCGAAAGUGCAACGCUCAGUUAGUGAAAAUACUGAUGUGAAAAUAGAACUGAGCGAUUCAGGUUGCCCGACACUGGCAGUGUACUGUGCUGGUGGAACGGGACUGACCGGACACCGAGUGAAAAUAGGUCGCUAUGCCGCGGCGGUCGCCCCGCUCCGCGUGCAUCCAACGCACAAGUGUUGACGGAAAAAGCUGUCUACGCUACCGUACCACCGGAACCUGACUGCAGUACACAGGUCACCGUACAGUGGGUGGGCCUGCUGCUGAUCAGGUUUUUGGGGCACUAGGACCGGUCGGCCGGGUCGCCAGGGAGUGCUGGAUUGACCCGGCGUGCCCCGCUGAUGACAUCGAUCGCAGCGGGUCGGUGGGAGUGCGGACUAGGGUACACCGUUAGAGGACAUACACAGCCCCCGGUCCCGAAUUCUGUGAUGUCCCGGGCCUGUGGGUACUGAGGGAUGACUGAAGGCGCUCAGACAGAACCGAAGGACGUUUGGUGACGUAUGGUGGCAAGCACCGUCAAAUGCCAUCGUAGGAUUAUCAGAGGAAGCCAGUGUGUGACAAAUAUGGUGUAGUAAGGACGAGGUCCAAUUGUUCUGCGAUUCGUUCAAAAGAGCAGCUUUGAAAUGGGCAUCAAAAGCCAUGUUUGUCAUGCUUUACCAGCUACUUCUUAUUUAUUGUGGAUACCCGCUUAGCGUUUUGAUAUUUUUUUCCGUUAUUAGCUUUAGAUUACUUACGAUUGUGGUUACUUCACGUAUACAUAUAUCUGGAUGAGUACGGUAAACGCCUAAACGGUACUUCACCAUGAUAAAAAUAAUCAGCCUAAACUCUUAUUCCUCACUGAAACGCGUAUUUUAGGAGUUUUGCAUAUUUACUGGUUAACUAGACGAUAUUGGAGAAUAAUUCCCCAAUCCCUAUGUCCCGAAAAGCGCACGUAGGUAUAUUUCUUUUGGAUGCAUCCGAGCGGUGUAUUUUAUCCUCAGCUGAUGAGGUCCGGCUUAAGUGUGAUGAUUUUACGAUGGUCGUUUGUUUGGGUUGUGUCUAUUCGUUGUGUUACCGUCCGUGUGCUGCAGUGUGACGGGAAGAGGUGGGUUUUGUGUGAAGUGUUUAUUAUUUAAAUACCACAUGAUCAUUACAGCUGCUCCAACACGUGAACGUUGGAGGGUGUGUCGUGGUCAUGGCAUGUAUCUCAGUGGAACGGACAUUAGAAAUUGUGGUAUUCGAUGAUGCUGUUUGAUAAAAUGUACGCACUGAUGAACUACUGCCUUAGAAUUCCAGAGUUAUGAAGUGUCCCUUUUGUAUUGCUGUGUGUUUGUCGCACUGACGUGAAGUGACCGCAGUUGUUACUUCUCCGUUGGCAUUUGGUGCUGGGCUUUCUGGACAGUAUUUAUUAUAUUGCCCGUUAUGGAUGGGCUGACAGGGGACGCUUACGUCAUACGUGAACACAAUAUCAGCCAUAGAAGCGACAAAACAUGGUAAAUUUUAUGCUGUAAUGGCGAUGUGAAUGACCACCUUAAAGGGACACUCCCACCUUAACAUUAGUUUUGAGUUGAGAUAGCCAAAUUGGUGGCCAUGGCCUGCAAAUACCGGUUUGGGCACUCACAACAUCGACAAAUGCUUUAAUUCGGAGAUAUGUAAUUUCAAACUUGCAGUUUUCGGAUUCUAAGGGGCUAGUGCAUUGGUAUGCCCCCUUAGAAUUUGUGACGUCAGCGGAGAUCUAACGAUUUUUAAAUCUUUUACUAAAACGUUUGGUAGCACGCGGUGGUAUAUGCUGCUUUGCGCGCAACAAAUGCCGCACUUUCAAAUAAAGUCGCUAGGAACAGCGGAGAUCCCAAAAAGUAAACAAAAGUAAAAGUCUAAUAUCUUGAAAACCGGUGAAUAUUUUUCGAUGAAAUUUGGUAGAUAUUCGUUUUCGCUCUUUCUGAACCGAGCGACAUCACUUUCGUGCCAAUUCAUUAACUUUUUUGAAGGUGGGAGGGUCCCUUUAAUGGAUGUCGGAAUUUGUCUCGACACCCGUUUGGCCCUGUUCAGUUAUUGAUUAGUCUAAAGCCGUGGAUUGCCUUUCGCAGCAUGCUCUUCCUGGGAUUGGGGGCGUGCACCUGCAUAUAGUGACAUUCACCCGUGUGUGAGUGUGUUUGCAAACUUUAUCAAACUUUUAGUAAUGCGAGAUGUUAAUUGAUUUGUGAGCUGCACCAUUCACCCAUUUAUCACCAAUGUGUUAUCCAAUUGUGCAUGCGACCAGCGCCAAACAUUUCAUGCUUUUCUGCUGUUUCUCUUUACAAAAAGGAACUCAACAUUGGCUGCACCCAAGAUUCUUACAGACAGGCUGCACCCAUCGCCAUUCCUGUAUGACUACCGUUUUCUAAAUACAUGAGUGAGGAUUUGA